GCAGGGUCCAGACUGCGCAGGCCGAGGGGUCACUGCCUGGGUCAGAGCCCCGAGCUGGGGGCCGCGGGGACGGGGCGCUGCGGGCCGGGUCAGGCGGGCGCUGCAGGAGCCGGCGGCGCCCCCUCUGCGCACCUGCGCACGGAGACCCCGGGUGAGGGCGCUGCCCGGCCCGCGGGAGGAAGGGUGCGUGCGCCCGCUUUUAGGGAAAAAUCUGUUUAUAUUCCGUUAAACGAGUGACCCAGCAGACGCCCCAAAUAGUAAUAGUGCUUGGAGCUCGGAGGAGGCUUACAGGGCUUGGUUUCUUUAUUUUGAUGCCUGUUUAUAUUUUCUGUAUCUUUCUCAUGGAGCCUGUAUCUCUUUUGAUUUUGGAAGAAGACGUUUUUGCAAACUAUCAAAGUAUCAUUCUCAGAAUAGGAGAAACCUGGUUGUCAUGCAGGCAGUGAGCACGUGUCAGGUGGCAUUUAACUCCCUGGGAAGGACCCAGCAGGAUGACAGACCGUUCAAAAGAGCGUGGAUAAAAGGGACGCUGGGGAACGUCCUGCUUGGCCGUGAAACCACCGCCUUUGGGGUUGUCCCUUCUCCUGGGCGGCCAGGGAGAUUAUCCCACCGUGUCAGCGUUGUACAGGUUGACCUCUGACUUCACGGAGGUGGAAUGCCUGGGCCCCCAUCCCUGGUAAAGAGUGACUUUCAGUGUCUGCCCUAGAAAGUCAAGUGAUCCGCAGGGGGGCUGUUAAGCAGUAAGCCAGCAUGACAUAAAAAGGCAUGCAAGCCUUUUUCCUUUUUCUGACUUCAUUGCCAAGUUUUUAUCUCCUCCAAACACAAAAUGCUGGCAUCCGUGGCACUUUAGCCGGCGCUGAACAGAAGGGGCUCAUGGAUGCUGUCAGGAGGAGCUGAAAGGGUCUGGUGGCUACUGAGCCCCAUCCUGGAGACAUGGCUGCCUGGUCCUGCUGCAGCACUGGGGCUGACACUCUUACUAAUGUUUUUAAAAUGUCCAGUGCAGGAGAGCAGCCUAAACCACCAGAUCUUAUAAAAAGAAAGAACGAGAUGAGGUUCCUAGAUAGAUUCUUCCUGAAGAAUCUGAAAGCCUGCAGAGAGACGGGGCUUUCGGCCCCUCCAGGAGUCAGUUUUCUCCUGGCUGCAGCUGGUUGACCACUGAGAUGAAGGGCCAUUGUGCGUGGGCUUCGAAGCCUUCUGGAUUGGAAGGAUAGGAUGAGUCCGUGCUGCAGGCCUCCUGUUGUGCUGGGGGAAGGUAUGAGCCUUCCCUUUGGGUCUCAGGCGACACGAAGAAGCCCUUAAGUUGAGCUUGAGGCGAGGCAGGCACAAGGAGUGGAGCAGUGGUGACCCCAGUGUCCCACCGAAGGUAAGACGGAUGUGGUCAGGGUGAGCAGGCCAGCAAGAGGCAAAAGGAGAACUGGAACUCUGCCCCACCCCCGUCUGCACUCCCAUUCCAGAAGAGGGCCUGGGACAAAGGGUUAGCGUCGCCCCUGCAGCCGUCCCUGUGUGGUGUGGAUUCAGCGGACACUGAUGUCAGGGGCUCAGCAGUGUCUACAGGGCCCCAGGGAGGCUGCCCGGACUGGGUGCCGGCAGAUCCCCAUGACCCAAGGCCUGGCCUUGUUCCCUCCUGGCGGUUCACCUUGUUUGUGCGUCCCUGACCGGGGGUGCUGACUGGUGCUGACCACACCCUGAGACCCAGGGUGACAGGUUAGACCAGCCCCAGCUUACCCGGAAAUGCUGUGCCCGCAGCUGUGUGGAAACAGGUGUACUGGGGAGGUUUGGAGCAAGGAUCGGGACAGGGACAUGGUCACGGGCUCUGAAGGGGAGCAGGUGCCGGGCUCAUAUGAUUGAAGACAGAUACAUGAAGAUCCUAGAGACCGUAGCACUGACUUCCUUUUCUUGGACAAGACGCAGUGUGGGGCCCCAGAGCCGUCUGUUGGCCCCGGGACACCUCUGACCGACGAUUGAGGACCAUGAGCCUCGUGAGUGAUGGAGGGACCUCGGAGAGCAUCUUCGACCUGGACUACGCGUCAUGGAAGACCCGCUCCACGCUGGUCGUCGCGGGCUUUGUCUUCUACCUGGGCGUCUUUGUGGUCUGCCACCAGCUGUCGUCCUCCCUGAACGCCACCUACCGCUCUCUGGUGGCCAAAGAGAAGGUCUUCUGGAACCUGGCAGCCACUCGCGCCGUCUUUGGUGUUCAGAGCACUGCUGCAGGCCUGUGGGCAUUGCUGGUGGACCCUGUCCUUCAAGCUGAUAAAGCACGUGGCCAGCAGAACUGGUGUUGGUUUCAUGUGGCAACGGCAACUGGAUUCUUUUUCUUUGAAAAUGUGGCCGUUCACCUGUCCAGCUUGUUCUUCCGGACAUUCGACUUGUUCUUGGUUGUCCACCAUCUCUUUGCCUUCCUUGGAUUCCUUGGCUCAGUGGUCAAUCUCAAAGCCGGCCACUAUCUAGCCAUGACCACAUUGCUCCUGGAGAUGAGCACCCCCUUCACCUGCAUUUCCUGGAUGCUCUUGAAGGCCGGCUGGUCCGACUCCCUGGUCUGGAAGCUGAACCAGUGGCUCAUGAUCCACAUGUUCCACUGCCGCAUGGUCCUCACCUACCACAUGUGGUGGGUGUGCUUCUGGCACUGGGACGGCCUGGUCCGCAGCCUCUACCUGCCGCACCUGGCCCUCUUCCUCGUCGGGCUGAGCCUCCUCACGCUGGUGCUCAACCCCUACUGGACCCACAAGAAGACGCAGCAGCUUCUCAAUCCGGUGGACUGGAACUUUGCACAGCCCGAACCCAAGGGCAGGGCCAACGGCCAGGUGCCGCAGAAGAAGGAGCGGUAGCCACGCAGGAGCAGCCGGGGCGCUGAAGGGCCAGCACUGCUUCCCCACGCGACUAACUCGUGUUUCUGUGCUGUUGAUUCCGCCGCGGCCGCGGAGUGUCUGUGAGACCUGGAUUCGCCUUUAGGAGCAGAGUUUUACAUCUCUAAUUUCGUUCCUGUUAGGAGCUUAUCCUGCAGGGCCGUGUUGAUCAUCUGGGAAGGGUCCGUGGUGCGGAGGGACGGCCGUUUGAGCACGUGAGGUGGCUGCACACAGAGGUCCCUGUGGUGGGGGGUCAGGUCACAUCCACUCUUUCUGGUCACAUGUUCCACGUUUUGUGUGUCUUACUCCAGAGUCGUGUUCUUAGUUGGGGAGGGUGGCCCUAAGAAAAUGAUGCGGGUUCUCGCCCUCGUCCAGCUCCCCCGGCACUGUGAGCAGCAGUGCCCUCUAGUGGCAAAGCGGCAUGCAGAGCGAGGCCUGGGAGCGCACCCACCUGCUGGGAGCGUGGUGAGAUGAAGUCCUGUGAGGUUUUCUUUUUCAUCAAGGAAGCGACAUUAAAACAAGAAUUUUGUAUUCAUAUUGUGUUGCGCAAUUGGCAAAUGGAGGUAGCUGUUGAGUAAUUAGAUUCGUCCAGGUUUGAGGGCCAUUUUCAAUUGACUGGGUUGCCGAGGUGUUCCUCAGUUGGUGUUUCUCCGUAGAUUUCAAGACAAGGUGGCGGGCGCUUUCCCUGUGAGCUGUGAGGUCGCCUGCCCACCUGCCCGCAGCGACACUUGGCUGCAGGGACGUCCCAGAGCGUGGGAGGCAGCCCUGGGGCCGGCGGCAGAGCCUUCUUGCGCUGCUGCCUGGGGGUGCGUCCGUCCCUCGGUGCUCUGCGCUCACAGGGCCCGGGUCGAGUUCCUGCACCAGCCCAGCAGUUCUGUGGGAACACGUACAAGUGUUCUUGCCGUGAGUGUGCAAUUAAACUGAAAAGCGGAUUGUUAUCAGAAGCACCGUGAAAGUGUUGGUGAAAAACACAUUGUGUUUGUUGUAAAAAUCAUGUGUGACUUGUGCUUGUUAUGUAACACGGAACUCUCAGAAUACUGUAUUUGGAUUACUGGUACAUUGUAUUGAUUAUGUUUGUCAUAUGUAUUACCUAUUUAUCUCAUUUUAAGAAAUGAUCUAAAUCUUAAAAGUAUCCAGCAAAUUGUGUCCCUGCUAGACCACUAAGACCCCGUGGCUCCCGCUGGCCUGUGCUCGUGCCCUUUCUUGUGGAGGCAGAGGGAGCAUUUCCCAGCUGGGCGGAAGCUUAAUAAAGUGACUGAUGUUUACAGGA